AUGUUCGGUUGUACCUUUGACGAUCAGGAUGACGAGGAGCGAGCUUUGGAAUCUUGCAAGCAGAGUUUCAUGUUUGAGCCGCGGCACAGCGAUUUCGUCUUCCCUUCGUUGCCUCUCGGCAUCGACGUUGGUUCCUUUCCAGGGGAAUCUAGUGAAAAGCUUAUUCCAGAGCAAAUCAUUCGUGAGUCAGCAUUUUGGUAAGGACGCGAAGAACAUGCAGUUCCGCAAAGGAACCACCACGUUGGCAUUCGUUUACGAGCCCGCUACCGAAAACGAUAAGGUAAACGGUUUUUCAUAUAUUUUCUUCAUUGGUAUAAUUAAAGGGCGGUAUCAUCAUUGCUGUCGACUCUCGUGCCUCAAGUGGAGAAUAUAUCUGUAAGCGUUUUUCUUAAUCUUAUGCCUUUUUUAUGAUGGCGCAAAUGAAUUGAGCUUCAUUUUUGUACACAACUCGUAUUUUUCCAUUCCAGCCUCAAAGUCGGUUAUGAAAAUCCUCGACAUCGGAGAUCGUAUGGUGGCCACGAUGGCCGGAGGUGCUGCCGAUUGUCAGUUCUGGACAAGAACCGUUGCCAAGUACUGCACGUAUGUUCUGGAUUUCUGAACCUUAAAAGAAAAAAAUAUUUUUCAGUCUUUACGAGCUCCGCGAAAAGUCGCAAAUAACCGUGAGCGCGGCCAGCAAGUACUUUGCCAAUGUUCUUUACGGAUACCGUGGAAAGGGACUUUCUGUGGUGAGUUUUGAACGAUGGGAGAUGAAAUUUUCUAAUUAAACCGUGUGUAACAGAAAUGUAGGAAAUCGGGUAAAAGCUCGUAGAAUUUCCACAGUGGUCCCUAUAGGGGUAAAAUCAAGGUGAUCCCUGUAGGGAUUUAGGGUCCUAUCCCUUAGCCCAUAAAGCUUGAGGGAUCCCUAUAAGCCUAGGAAACAUCAUAACAACCCCUAUAGGGGCUACUGAAGCUCGCAUAAGUGGUCACUAUAGGGGUUUUAGUUAGCGCCACUCAUCCUCCAAGAGAGUUGCCCCUAUAGGUUCCGAAGUCCUCUCUAUAUUUGUGAUUCUUCAUUUAAGGCUCGAUUAGAUUUUUUCAACAAUCGAUAAUGAGAAGGAAAUCGAAGUUUGAAUGAAAAGGGUCUGUCCCAGCUGCUUUGAGAACAAAAUAACCUCUGAAAAAAACUAUCUGUUUCUACUCUCAACUGCAUUGAUUGAACCAACAUCAAACGCAAAUUUCAAGUCAAGUCCCUCCUAAUUUUUAACAUUUUUUGGUUUGAGUUAAUUUCAGUCGGUAUAUCAUUAUCCAAAAAAAAAAAUCCUCCUUUUUCGAGCUAUUAAAAAAUGUGGACAUUUAUAAAAAUUGAGGAAACCCGAAAGUAGAUCAGUGUGAGCUUAAUCAAAAUUGAAAAAUUUUUAAAAAAAGAAAAAAAGUCUAGACUAUUUUCCAUAUUUUUGAUUUUUUCAAAUUGUUUCUCUCGUCGUUAUUCUAGCUUAUAAAUUUUCCCAGUAUUUCGCACGGCUAUAAAUCAAUCGUAUUUAGUUUAAGAAAAAUUUGUUUUUAGGGCUCUAUGGUGGCUGGAUAUGACAAGCGCGGGCCUCAGAUUUUCAAGGUGGACAGCGAUGGUGACCGCUGCCAACUGCGCGUUUGCUCUGUCGGAUCUGGCUCUCUCAACGCCUACGGUUUGUCUCAUUUUUCUUUUUUUUCUGGCAUGUUCAAAGAGAUUCUGCGAAGUAUGAAAUAACCGUCAGAGAUUGAAAAAAAUACUAGCAUUUAGAGAGUCAGAGACAAUAGUGCAUUUCACAGAAAAUACUUUGAACAUGGCAUAAAUGUUCACGUUGUUUGAGAAAGUAAAAAUUCCAGUUAACCAUUUUCUUCUCUUCUCUAUAGCAACUCUUGAAUUUUUAGGAAUCCUGGACAACCACUACAAGCCGAAAAUGACGGAUGACGAGGCGCGGAAGCUUGGUCUUCGUGCCAUAAUGCACGCCACUUUCCGUGAUUCUGGGUCAGGAGGCGUCUGUAACUGUAAGUUUCGUUUUUCGAAAAUGUAGCUGUCUUGUAAUAAUUUUUUUUUCAAAUGCAUCUUGUAUUCUCAUCAGCUCACUACAUAAAUAAAAUCAUAUAUUUACGAUUAUUAUAAUUAAAAAAAAAUUUUUUUGAUGUCUCUAGUUUCAAUCAAUGAUGAAAUCAAACGUUUUGUCAAAAUAUGCUUUGGUUUUUCUUUUCAAAGUUUAUUCAUUUAUCAAGAAUUUUUCUAAUAAAAAGAACCAACCUAGGAAUUCCUGAGUGGUCUCUAUAGAGUUUAGGGAAAAAACGGCCUCUACAGGGAACGAAAAAAAAAAAUGGUUCCUGGGGGUUUAGGGUCUGAAUUAUUUUUUUUAGGGCAAAGGGGUCCCUAUAGUUUCCCUUUCAAUUUUUUUUUUCAAACAACUCCGAUUUAUUUAGCUAAACUUAGUUUUCGCACUUCUUCGCAUAGAUUUCAUAAACAUAGGGGUUGGUAAAGUGGAACCUAGUGGAGACCCUCCAAGGGCUCCUUAGGUUGUCCCUACAGGGACCACUCCGAAGUUUCUAAGAACGUCUCUGAGAAAAGCGAGAAAGUAAUUCUAUUCAUUAAUUAUAACUCGUAUAUAUCCUACAUAUGAAGCCCUUUUCAUAACCUUGGGAUUGUAAAAAAAAAGGUUACCAAAUUUGAAAAACGAGUCAUGAAAAAUUUCUGUAAAUUAUGCAUUUCCCAUAGGAUUUUUCAAAGUCAACUGAAAGAAAGACUGAACAUAAUGCCGUGUUCAAAGCAAAAUGAUUCCGCGAAAAUCAAAAUAGUCGUCAGAGAAAGAAAAAGAUAACUAAAUUUUGGAAAGUCAGAGAUAAUUUUGCAUUUCGCGGAAAUUACUCUGAACAUGACACAAAAAGCUGAAAUCAACUUAGAAGCCGUAUACCUAAAAAAUCUUUCAUUUUUGAAAGCCUUUUUUGAAUGCAUGUUUCAGUGUGCCACAUCACGCCGACCGAGAAAAUCCGCCUACCGCCUUUCGACGUCAGCAAACUGUACUACGAGUUUGCCGAAGAACUUGGCAAAGACAUUGUCUACACUCCCCGUGAUGACUAA